ACUUCUAUUGUGGAUUGCUCAGUCAUUUGACAGAGCACAUGCUGUUAUUUUAAUCUGUGAAUUUAACCUGUUUUUUUUGUUAUGUGACUUAUUGGAAUUCAAUGUUAAUUGCUUUUUUUUUGUUGUCUUAUCUACUUCUUGAGAUAGCGUUGGGUGCUUGGGUUUAUUUGGGCACUGAUUUCUUUUUUUCAGGUUUUCUCGGAUAGUCUCUUGAAGUUUCAGAAAUUAAAAAAAAAAAAAAAAAAAUAAAAAGUGAGCCAGCUGCAGUGACUGUAAGAAAAUCUUUCUUAGUGAUAGGAUGAGAGGAAAUGGCCUAAAGUUGUGCCAGGGAGGUUUGAAUUGGAUAUUAGAAAAAAUGUAUUCAUGGAAAGGUUUGUCAGGCAUUGGAACAGGCUGUCAGGAAAGAGGUGGAGUCACCAUCCCUGGAGGUGUUUAAAAAAUGUGAUGCUUAGGAACUUUUAGAGGUGGACUUGGCAGUGUUAGGUAACACUUGGACUCAGUGGUCUUAAAACUCUUUUCCAACCUAAAUGAUUCCAUGAUUUUUCCACUUUAAAAAGUCUGGUACCUUUGAACGGGUGUUUUUCAGACUUUGCACAAUAUGAUACUUUGAGCUGAAGCUAUUACUUCUUGUACAGAUUGUUUUAUUUUGUUUUUGGAGUCUGUGAAACCUUUCCCAGGUCCUCUUCUUUUAUACAUUUAAGGAAAACAACUUUUCAUGUAGUAUCCACCUCAGUUAUACCCACCUGUGUGUACUGAAGUUGGAGGUUACGUGGCGGUAAAUACCGUGUUGGCUUACUGCAUGUUGACUUGCCAGAUAGACCGGCCUGUAACCUCUUCCCCUCCCUUCUGUAUUGCUAGCUGUAGGGUGUGUCUACACGGUAUAAACUGCAUGGAGGUGGUUUACUUUUCUUUUACCAAGACUAAUAAAAUGAAAGAAUAAUGAGCCUAGUCACUGAAUUAACAGAUGUGGUAGGCUAUGUUACAGUCAAUGAGUUGCAGGUACUUGGAACUGCCAUUGUAAGAUGCAGUUUGAAAGUCCCUUGAGUUAAUGUGACCACUUAACUUCCAGUCUUUGAAUCAGCAAACCUGAAUUUGGUUUUUGGAACAGAUGCAUCCUGCAGAGUACUGAGUAGUCUUUCCAAAGCCCAGUAAGAAAUCUAAGCCUGGCUGUGACUCUGUAUAGGAAAUGCAUUGGGAACUUUCAUUUCAUUAUUGUUUUAAGACAAUGAAAAUGUGGGCUGUUACUGAAAACAAUAGUUCAUUUAGAAUGUGACUGCAUUGCUCUGGUAGUAAUCUGUAGAUCUAAGCCUGCUGUAAAACUGCAGCUGAAGUCAGUUCAACUGUUUGAAGUUCAGUACUUGGCUUUUUUUGGCCAGUUUGCACCAAGUUCUAUGAACUGAUAUGCAGCUCUGCUUUUAACAGAAAGGAGGUGGGACCAGGAGAGCUGAUAAGAUAUUGUGUGUGCUCAGUAGAGGGUGGUUAUUUUAUUGGCAAAUGUAAGUUCAGGACUCUAGUUCCGGCUUUGUGAACAAACUGUUCAAGGAAGAAAGUCAAGAAAUGUCUACCAAUUUAAAAUACCUUUCCUUGGGCAUCCUGGUUUUUCAGACCACAGGUUUAGUCUUGACCAUGCGUUAUUCUCGAACACUGAAAGAAGAAGGACCUCGUUACUUGUCCUCUACUGCAGUGGUUAUUGCUGAACUUCUGAAGAUUUUGGCCUGCAUUCUGUUGAUCUACAAAGACAGCAAGUGCAAUUUACGGAGUCUGAACAGAGUACUACAUGAUGAAAUCCUUAAUAAACCCAUGGAAACCCUUAAACUUGCUAUUCCUUCAGGAAUUUAUACUCUUCAGAAUAACUUGCUGUAUGUUGCAUUGUCAAACCUAGAUGCAGCCACAUACCAGGUUACAUAUCAACUGAAAAUUCUUACCACAGCAUUGUUUUCUGUGUCCAUGUUAAGCAAGAAAUUGGGUGUAUACCAGUGGCUUUCAUUAGUGAUAUUGAUGACAGGAGUGGCAUUUGUGCAGUGGCCUUCAGACUCUCAAGCAACGGCUGCUAAGGAACAUUCAGCAGGAUCUCAGUUUGUAGGCCUGAUGGCAGUUCUUACAGCAUGCUUUUCUAGUGGAUUUGCUGGGGUUUAUUUUGAGAAAAUUUUGAAAGAAACUAAGCAGUCAGUGUGGAUCAGAAACAUCCAGCUUGGAUUUUUUGGUAGCAUAUUUGGACUGAUGGGUGUAUACAUUUAUGAUGGAGAACAACUGUCAAAGAAUGGAUUUUUUCAAGGAUACAAUAAACUUACUUGGAUAGUUGUUGUUCUACAGGCACUUGGAGGUCUGGUGAUUGCUGCUGUUAUAAAAUACGCAGACAACAUUUUAAAGGGAUUCGCAACUUCUCUCUCUAUUAUACUGUCAACAUUGAUCUCCUAUUUCUGGCUGCAAGACUUUGUCCCUACAAGUGUAUUUUUCUUCGGAGCCAUCCUUGUAAUAGCAGCCACUUUCCUAUACGGUUAUGAUCCCAAACCUGCAGGAAAUCCCAUUAAGGCAUAGCAGACUCCUUAUCAACCUGCUUCUCAAGAUCAUGUGCUGGGGGCCUUGCUAACAAUGACAUGUGGGAAGUGUCAUUGUGCACUGCAAGGGAAGGAAUACUGCCCUGGACCUAGUGAAGAAAUGCCUAUGAACAGCGAAGAGGGGUUAAAGGUUGAUGGUGAUACUGUCUGUAACUGAUGGGGAAAACAAUGGCAGGAGAACGCCCAGUGCAACGUGCUAAUAAAAACUUGAAAGGAACAAAAAGUUUCCGAGAAACUACAAUUGGGAAUGUUUACAGCUUUGACUGAGAUUGCUUCAAAAGAAUUUACUGUAUUGACUGCUGGAGAAAUACAUCCUAUGCACUCUUUCAAAGAGCACAUGACAACAUUGUCAGUUGUAUGUUUUUGCAAUUUGACUAUAUUUAAUCUUAGUAAAUAUGUUUUUAACUGUUUGUCUAUUUACAUGAAAUCAAUUGAAUACACAUCAUAGUUCUAAAGUGAUGGUUCUAAUUAAAUAUUCCUUAUUAAAACUGUGAAGAUUGAAGUAUGAUUGAAAGACACUUUCACAAUAUCAAAUAUUUUUAUAUUUUUAGAAGGCUGAUUUAAUAACAGAAAUCUGUGUUCUGUUGCUUAUAUAAAGCUGUUGUAAGAACGUUAACUUUCUCACCUAAGUAUGCAAAGGGAGAAAUUCAGAGUGAAAGCUGGAAAUCUGUGCUGAUGCUCCAGCCUUCAGGACAGCCUGUAGUGUUCCACCAGAUGCAAUAACUCUGUGGACACAGGCCAGAGGUUACUGCACUAAGAGCAGGUUAUGAUGGAGUGCUUGCUCCAAUGUAAUGUUCAUUCUUUUUAUUUUUAUUGAUUAUAAACUUGUUGGUAGAACCUUUAAAGUAGUUUUUAUGCUUUAAAUAUCCUCUGGGGACUUUUUUAACCACAUUUUUUUAAAAAGUCCAUAAUAAACAUUUUAAAUGCAUUAUUGUUGUCUGUAACAGCUCCACCUGGAGCUAUUAUGGUAUAUCAUCCAUAUACUGUAUUGUACUUUAUUACAGAGGUGUUUUUUAAACAAGUGUUGUUUACUCAUUAACUCUCCAAGGCUUUUUCAGUACAUUUCUAUGUAAUGGCUUCAUUAGAGAUUAUUGUUUUUUAUUAUUAUUUUUUUGUUCUGGAAGUCUUUGAGCCAACAGACCAAAAUGGUUUAUCUGGAGCUACUCCAUCUACUGGUGGAAAUACUUCAACAGGAAACUUAAUGGAAAAGUAAUUAAUAGUGCAAUAGGUAAAUAUAAAAGAAUGCUGUUCUGCUGUUUUAAACCAAAAAAACCCACCAUACUUCACAAAGAAACCUAGAUGCAAUUAUGAACACUUGUUGAAAUAUUUUCUUAUAGCCAGAAACACCAAAAAGAAAUGCCAGAGCUACUAAACAAAAAGGCUGUCUUUAUAAUUACUUGUUUUCAGGAGACCUAUUCAUGGAUAUUAGCGUAGAGUGACUUCUUAUCCACAUAUUACACUUAUAAAGGUACAGAUUUAUACAAAAACAUACCAAUAGUCCCUUACCUGUAGAAUGGCAAGAGGUAAAAAGGUAUCAUUUCCUUUUUUCCCCCCUCAUGCUCUUUCUCACUUGUGCAAAUGAACACGUUGUGAAGAGAGAGAUGUUUACCAAAGUACCUCGUCAUCUUUUCCAUAUUGGCAAGGAGAUUCUGUAAGAGUGCUCUGAGAUUUUUUUAAUGAAGUGUUGUAAAUGGGAAAGGAAAAAUUCCACUUUCGUUAGCCAAGUAAAAAUUGUGUUUUCCUUCUUAGCAGUGACAUAGAUUAUCAACUUUCUGUUUGUUUAUCAUACCAGAGCCAGGAAAUUUCAGGAUUACAGCAAGGGCUUGCUAAACUCUGUGAACUGUGAAUCUAUCCUAGCAAGCCAUAAUUGCAGGAGCUCCACUUCUCAAUAGUCAAAGCUAUCCCAUAUUACCCUAAAUUAGCAUUCUAUGUUAAUAUUAAACCUUUUACCUAUAUCACUCAGUGUGGCAAAAUCCUUGAAAAAUUAUAUUUAGUCAUUUUGCCACUGAAAUACAGCCUCAGGUAAGAUAUAUGCAUAGACCAAUGGCUCCCAGCCUCACUUAGUGUGGAAUGGGAAGUGCAUGACUCUGAAAUGAUCUGAGAAGUGUUGGCAGUAAAAUCUGAACUGGAGUUUGGCGUGCAUGAUAGUGCUUUUAAUUUCAUGAAUCACAGUAGUGGAAAUGUUCAGGCAAUAUAAUUGGUUACUUCUUGAGAAAUUUUUCCAAAAUACAUAUGGAGCAGGCUGAGGAGAACGCUUAAAACCAGUAGUGCAGGAAGGGACCAAAUUGGCCAAAUAACCACCAUGUUGCUGGAGUUCUGUAACAUAAAACCCAGUUUUAAUAUUUCAGGUCCACCUGUCAAUAUUUGUCAAUAAGGAUCAGUUUAAAGGAAAGAACAGGAAUAUGUGCUCUUUGCUUUUGAAAACAAUAUAUCUACUGUACUAUGGAGUAGUAACUCCUGUCCAUAGACCAGUGACUCUUCCAUGCUUUCAAUUAUUUCAAUUACAGUUCCAUUAAGUUUUCCAGUAGAAGGAUAGAUCUCUUCAUCCACUUGUUGCUAUAAAGGGAAUACGAAUUUGCUUUUUUAGCUCUCUUUCUUUAGCCCGUUGCAGGGUGAGGAAAGACUCUUGCCUAGAGAUGCACCAGGCUGAAAAGCGUCACUCUAGAUAGAGGGAAGACACCAUAUGUUUCUUGAGAGCAGAAAGGAUUUGAGGAGGGUUUGACUGUUUUCUGUAACCUUUGCAAUCUCAGAGCAUAUGGACAUUUUCUCACUGAGAUACUUCUGUAUCUGAAUUUUAAAAUUAAAAAUAAAAAAGGCAGUUUUAAGUUUGUAACCCAUUAGCUAACCAAAGAAGCGUAGCUAGCCCAGAGCAUUGGGAAGCAGGGGAUAGUGUGCUGUGAGUUUCCUGUAAAAGCAAUCUAGGAGUCUAACUUGGCAAAAAUAAACCUGUCUUUCUGAACUAUUUUUCUGUCCUUUAGACAAUGGAUUUGUUAGUUUAGUUGUAUAUUUAGAAGGAUAACCUAUAUGUAGAAAAAUUUUAUUUAAAUAUUUAUAAAGUUUCCUAGGUAUUUAUUUGCAAUAACUUAAUUAUGUGAUUUUUUUUUUUCCUCAGACUUGCAUAAUGGGAGUACUAGUAUUUAUUGAAUACUUGGAUAUUUGGUAGUUUUAUUUGAGAAUCUCUGGGAUACAUGAUAAAUUAUCAGAUAACAAUAAACUGAGAACUAUCUUCAAAGCAAAAUAAAUCAGCAGUUCAGUGGUGAAAAAUCUUGAGUCUAAUCUAGUAAGAUAAACUUUCCUUUAAACAUUCUAUUUCUAUGCUAUCCCCAAGUGCCCAGUAAUCUUUUUUCUCAAAGAAUUAAGGUAAUUUUAUAGUUCUAUUCAACUUCUUUGUUUUGGACAAACUAUAAGAAAAUGUCCCUUUUUGUUUGCUUUAAUAAUGGGUAGAUUAAUGUUCUAGAACUGGCUUCUACAAUACAGCACCUUGGGGUUUUUCCUGUAAGUUUUUACAAACUAUUGUUUUAUUUUUCCUCAAAAAAUCUUAUUCUGGUAGCAUAUGCUUGCAUUUCAGUUGCUCAUGCAGUUCUCUCACAGGUUUUUAGAAGUACGUAUUUGUUUUGUGUUCCUAACUUAUUUUCAUGGCUGUAAUUCGAAAGACUGUAAUGGAUUUUGUUAAAUUGUUUUAAAAUUGAUAAAUGAAAUGCUGCAUUUC